CUCCGUGAGGGUGGCACGUGUUUUAUCCCCUAUAUUUAUGGAGGGAAAACUUUUACAAACUCACGUAACAAAAUACAUUUAUACAAAUAAUGAGUAAUGAUGUUGCGAAGUGAAUUAUUCGUGAGAUGUGUGAUUUUGACUGUUUGGGAGAAUUUUAAUUAUAAUAUUUGCAAUUUGGAAAAUCGUUAUCAAGUGUGAAUAAUGCAAGGUUUUGCGACAUCGUGCAUCCUUAUCGCACUAGCGGUGGCGCAAGCGGCGAGUACCGGGGACAAAAGGCCACAUUUUGUGUUGGAGCCACCGUCGCGGGUGUUGUGGCCUGCUACACGCGGCGCCUACGCAGCCUGCCGUGCUACAGGACACCCGGCACCCGAUUUACAUUGGGUGACGGCUGAAGGGCAACUUUUGACGACUAUACCCGGUCUCAGGCAUGUGCUCGCCGACGGAAGACUUGUUGUCGGAGCCCGAAGAUCACUCUUAGAUGCUGGAAGCGGCGCUAGUGGUGCAGUACUUCGGUGCAGGGCAUCAAAUCGUGCAGGGGUCGUACUAUCUCGACCAGUAUUAUUACAGCCAGUGGAAGACAACGUCUUGUCCCAUACGGCGCGACAGUUGACUCCAGCUAAAGUGGGCGGUUCAGUGGUGCUGCGAUGUGACGUGUCUCCUCAAGUUGGCCUCGUGGAUAUAACAUGGUUACAAGAUGGUUUACCUUUAUCAUCAGGAUAUUUGGCAUCCGACUCGAGGUGGAUAUCCGGAGCGGGGGGCCUCUUACUGGGCUCCGAACUAACUCAAGCUGACAUACAAGCUGAGUAUACGUGUGUAGCACUAGAUAUGCCAAGUCUGCCUUUGAAACUUACAACUGAUGAUAGCAGUUGGUUAGAAAACGUCGAAAUAAAUUCAAUUGAAGCUAGAGCUGGCGACACUGUGAUUCUUCCAUGUAUAUUGAGACACGUGAAUGGUCACACUAUAAGUUGGCAGCGGCAGGACCCUAGCGGCACGUGGACACCAGCAACGGGAGAAGGAACAGUGCGUAGUGGAGCUCUCAUAAUGCCAAAUGUAAGAGAACAAAAUGCUGCCCGGUAUGCUUGCUCGUCAGGCCUCGAAUCGUCUCCACGAAUGCUCAUAAGAUUAACGGUUUAUGAACCAUUGAGUAUGACAAUUUCACCUAAUCCAUUGAUGCUAGGAACCGGUGGAACUGGAUUUUUCAAUUGCUCAGCACAUGGUGGACGUGGAGGUGGAAUUACUAUGAGUUGGCAGCACGAAGGUAGACCUCUUCAUGCUCCACAGUCACGGUUAUCCAUCGGACCUGUGCGGUCUCACCAUGCCGGCCUCUAUCAAUGUACUGUACACGAUCAUACGGAAUCCACUGUAGCCUCUGCCGAAUUGAUUAUUGCUGACAGGCCGCCAAGGUUGGUGUCUACAUUUAGUGAAGCUGUUACAAGAACUGGUCAAAGUAUUGCUUUGAGAUGUGCAGCUACUGGUGUGCCUCCUCCCAGGAUAUUAUGGACAUUAGACGAUAGACCACUACCUGCGGCACCUGAUAGAUAUAGUGUUAAUACCAGAGCUGAAAAUUUAUCUGAUAGUGAAGAAGGGACCAUUGUAUCGAUUCUAAGUGUGACUAUUCGGAGUGCUGAUGAAGGAGGAAGGUACGGUUGUAACGCUACUAAUUCACGUGGAUCACAUGCUCAUCAUGCAAGACUGAAUGUUUAUGGUCCACCAAAUAUUCGAUAUUUAUCUCCUAUGCAUGUGAAGACUGAUACAGAUAUAACGUUAUACUGCCCUUAUUCGGGAUAUCCUAUCAAGGAAGUGAUAUGGCGACGGGAUGAUGGUUCUGUAGUAGAAGCAGUAAUCGAGCCUGGUGAUGAUCGCGGUCUUUUAAAAUUAAAUUCAGUAAGAAGUUCUGCAGCUGGAAGUUAUACUUGUGAAAUACACGCUGAGAGUGGAGAAAUAGCUCGUAGAACAGUACGCAUUGAAAUUCAUAAACCUCCGAAGAUAGCUUCAUUUCAUUUUCCAGAAGAACUUGAAGUAGGAGGAAGUACUCAAGCGACGUGUAGUUUAGUAUCUGGCGAUAAACCAAUACAAUUCACUUGGCAUAAAGAUAAUUUACCAAUUCCGUCAGCCUUAAAGGUGGAACAAAAAAAUAUGGAUUUCUUUACAAUUUUGAUAAUCCAAGAUCUAACAUCAGCUCAUAGUGGUGAAUAUUCGUGUAAAGCAACAAAUGAUUUCGGUACUGUAAGUCACAGUGCUAUCUUAACAGUCAAAGAACCACCUACUUGGGUCUGGCGAGCCCAAAAUACUUCAGUAUCAGCCGGCGCAGCUAUACUUCUUCCAUGCUCUGCUAAAGGACAACCUUCACCAAGAAUUUCAUGGGAAUACUCACCAGAUGGCGAAAACUGGCGGCACGUGUUGUGGGGACAGUCAGAUUCAACGGAUGCCAGUGGAGGAUCAAUCCUCUCAGAUGGUACGAUAUGGCUGAGAGCUUCAUCACCAGACCAUGAAGGCUGGUACCGGUGUACAGCACGUGUCCAACACGCUUUUUUACAUCAUACUUUUUACCUUGAUGUAAGAGAACCUCCAAGGUUAAGUCGAGGAGGAGGUGGCGGUGAAACGCGAUGGGUUGUUAGAGGUUCUACAGCAAGACUUUCAUGUACGGUGAAAGGUGAACCUGAAAUUCAUAUACAUUGGACUCAUGAUUUAAGACCGUUAGCUUUACAUGGCAGUGGUGGAAUAGAAACAAAGGAUACAGGGAAUGGUGUGAUAUUAUCAGAAAUAACUAUUACACACGCAGGGCCAGAACAUGCUGGCGAGUAUAGAUGCCUUGCUCGUAACCUUUAUGGAAGCGAUGAGCUUAUUUAUCGUUUAUUUGUAAAAGAACGUCCAGCUAUACCCGAAGAAGUUAGAGUAUCAGAAGUAUGGUCACGAAGAGCAAGAGUUACUUGGCGAAUACCUCGUGGUGCUUUAGUUUCACAUUAUUCUCUCCAGUACCGCGCCCUUAAUCGGGAUUUGACAAACGCUCCGCUUGACGCCCCGCUGCCUGCUCUGCUUGAUACUUGGGACUCAUCAGAAAUCCUCAACAUCACGUUAGCUAAUUCGGAUUUGCUUCAUGUUGCGUCAGAAGGGCCGGGUCGGGCGGGUGCUCUGGUGGCGGGAUUAUCUCCCGACACGCGAUACGCACUUAGGCUGGCCGCCUACAAUGACGUCGGCGGCUCGUCGUAUACCGCACCUCUACACUUUACCACUCGAGAAGAAGCACCGGGAGGCUCACCGCGCGAUAUCACAGUACGGGCACUUAGAGCUCGCGAGCUUCAUGUCACUUGGCAGCCGCCACCGAGGGAGACUUGGCACGGAACAUUACUGGGCUAUACGAUCAAGUGGUGGGAAGUGACGGAGGAGGGCAAAGGCGCCAUUAGCGAUACCCCAGGAUCGGAGAGCGGGGCUAGUGCCGACGCCACCAGCACAACUCUGAGGGGAUUAAAGGCCGCCACGCGAUAUGCGGUAACAAUAAGGGCGUAUAACGCGGCAGGAACCGGCCCUGUAUCACCUCCACACUAUCGGCACACUUUGGAAUCACCACCGACGGGUGGGCCUGAAGGAGUGUCGUGUUUGGCCAGCGGUUCUACUUCACUGCGGGUGUCAUGGCGCCCGCCAGCUAUCGAUAAUAGAGGAGGAUUAAUAACACAUUAUACCUUACAAUAUACGAGACGUGAUGUGGAUCCCUUGCUUCCAUCUCAAGAUGCUUAUCUACGAGUUCAGGGUGAAGAGGCCACUGUAUCCAGACUAACCUCGUAUGCGGAAUACGAAAUAAGAGUUCGAGCACAUAAUGCGGCAGGUGAUGGACCGCUGUCCGCUCCGCAAGUGUGCAGGACCGAUGAGGACGUACCAAGCGCCCCAGGAGGAAUGAAGUUGAUUGCUCUUAGCGAGCGUUCAUUAAGGGCCUCGUGGCUGCCGCCUCCAGAGCCAAAUGGAAAACUUACCCAUUACAGUCUAUAUGUUAAGGAUUUGUCCGGAUCCCAAGAAGCUAACAUAUCUCGUAUCAGCGCACGCACUGAGCCGGAGGGUGGCUCUGUGGAAUGCAUGAAAUCUUUGCGUGGUCUCCGUGCUGGUAGAACAUAUGAGGCCUGGGUGAGAGCUGCCAACGCGGCUGGAGAAGGCCCUCCAUCUGCUGCGGUUGCUUGCCAAACUAGUGCUUUAGCACCAGCACGUAUUUCUUCGUUUGGAGGAUUAGCUAUGGGAGCUGCAGGGAGCUCUUUAUCAUUACGCUGCGUUGUAGGUGGAGCUCCACCUCCGGCCAAGCGUUGGCUACGAGGUGGAAGCCCGUUGCAUCCACGUCCCCCAUUCCACCUUGAUGGCGAUGCCUUGUUAAUACGAAGUUUGGAUUUAUCACAUGCUGACAAUUAUACCUGCGUGGCUGAAAAUCCUCACGGGUCAGAUUCUGCUACAUGGCGAAUAGUGGUGUUGAGGCCACCCAUACCUCCUGGUCUAGCUUUAUUGGAGGCUCGAUCACGAGAAUUAGAAUUGGAAUUACGACCAGCUCCAAGAUCACCUGGGCAUGCUUUACCUAAAGCUUAUACACUGCAUUGGAGGCUUGCAACACCUGAGGGUGAAUGGCGAAUUCAAGCAGCAACUCCGGGUCCAAUUACAUUAACAGGUUUACGUUGUGGUUCCUCAUAUAAAGCAUAUGGUUCAUCUGGGGGUGCUCCAGGGGCUGAAAUAACUGUUCGAACUUCUGGUGGACCACCAAACGCGCCUACAGAUGUGAGGUGGAUUAGAACAAAUGCAACGCACGCGAGAUUUGAUACUAGCGUGUGGAGCGACGGUGGUUGUGGUCCCGUUGCAUUGAAGUUAGAGUGGGCUGGUUCCGGCGUGGCUGGUGCGAGAGAUGUGCCUGUUGGAGGAGAGGUUAUAUUAGGGGGUUUGACUCCUGGUUCACGGUAUCGUGUUGCCGCUCGUGCUACUAACGAGGCUGGUUUAACGCGUGAAGUGUAUGAGUUCACCACUUCACCAACUGAGGGUAGUUUCGCUGAGGAGGUGGACGCACCAUUUCCAGCCACAGCUGGCGAGCUUGCAUUGUUGCUCGCACUAUGUGCUGCAUUGUCACUUGCUGCGCUCACUAUAUUAGCUAUACUUCUUAGACGUAAGAGCAGGAGUGACGGCGCAGUGGCGCGGGUUUCAACAAGCGCCGAGAAAUCGGGCUGCGGUACUUACAGAGCACCACCACAUCAGACACCAAAAUUACCUCCUGAUCCACCAGAUGUGUACGAAAUAAGUCCAUACGCGACAUUCGCCGGCGGUCCCGGUGCGGUUCAGGGUGGCGGUGGCUCCCGCGCGUACACACUUCAGUUACGAGCGCUCGCUCGCCACGAUGACGACGCUGCACCGCCGCCACACCAGUCAUGUUGUGACGAGGAGACUUGCGUGGAUGCAUGUGAUGCCCAACGGCGACGACGGCGCCGACGGCACUAUUGCCCCGAUCACGGUUGUUCACAAGACUCAGGGAGUUGAGAAACGAAACUGCCAAAUUCGUUAGUGAAAAAUUGUCUAGUCAGUGUAAUUUAGAGAAUUCGGUUAUACAUAUUAAUA